GUCCAAUUCCUCAUCGGACGGUGGUUCAUGAUGUUUGCCUCCUUCUUGAUCAUGGCCGGCGCGGGCGCAACCUAUCUCUUCGGUGUCUACUCCAAGGAAAUCAAGGCCACUCUCGGCUACGACCAAUCAACCCUAAACCUAAUAGGCUCAUGCAAAGACCUCGGUGCCAAUGUCGGUGUCCUCUCCGGCCUACUCGCCGAGGUAGUCCCGGUGUGGUUCGUGCUCCUAGUCGGCUCCGCCAUGAACUUCGCCGGAUACUUCCUCAUCUGGCUGGCCGUCACGAAACGUAUCGCGAAGCCGGCGGUGUGGCAGAUGUGUGCGUACAUAAUUAUUGGCGCAAACUCGCAGAACUUCGCUAACACCGGCUCCCUCGUGACUUGUGUGAAGAAUUUCCCGGGAAGUAGAGGUAAGAUGCUAGGUCUUAUGAAGGGUUUCGUAGGGCUUAGUGGCGCCAUUUUCACGCAACUCUACUAUGCGAUUUAUGGGAACGAUGCAAAGUCUCUGAUUCUAUUAAUUGGUUGGUUGCCCGCAGUGAUUUCGAUACUAUUUGUUUUCAACAUUAGGGAAUUGAAAACUUCUAGACACCCUAAUGAGGAAAAGGUCUUCAACCAAUAUCUAUUUAUAUCAAUUGUUUUGGCUUUGUGUCUCAUGGGACUAACCAUUGCUCAAAAAAAAGUCAAUUUCUCACACAAUGCCUACAUAGUAAGUGCAACUGCUGUUUGUGUGUUGCUUUUCCUUCCAUUGUUUAUAGCAAUCAGAGAAGAAUUAGCAACGUGGAAGCAGAGGAAACAAGUGAGUGCACCUACUAGUAGUGUUGGUGUUGUGGUUGAGGAACCGCCGUUGCCGGAGCCAAAGCCGGUGGAGGCUGCAGCCGAGUCUUCGACAACCCUAAUUGCAAAGAAGGAGGAAGCUCCGUGUUGUGGCGGGAACAUCUUCAAGAAGCCACCAAGAGGUGAAGAUUAUGGUAUAAUGCAAGCCCUACUGAGCCUUGACAUGAUUAUCCUUUUUGUGGCUACAUUGUGUGGACUAGGUUGCAGCUUGACCGCAAUUGACAAUUUGGGGCAAAUUGGGGAGUCAUUAGGCUACCCGACCCAAACCAUUAGCACAUUUGUGUCACUCAUGAGCAUAUGGAACUACUUUGGGAGAGUUGCUGCAGGUUUCGGCUCCGAAAAAAUCCUAACAAAAUGGAAAAUCCCGCGCACUCUUAUCAUGACAUUCUCCCUUUUGUUACCUUGCGUUGGUGACAUCCUCAUUGCAUUCCCAUUCCCCGGUUCAGUCUACGUCGCCUCGUUGCUCCUUGGUUUCUCCUAUGGUGCGCAACUCACUCUAGUUUUCGUCAUCAUAUCGGAGCUCUUUGGAUUGAAAAAUUAUGCUACCCUUUUCAAUUGUGGCCAAUUGGCAAGCCCGAUUGGAUCAUACGUACUCAAUGUGAGAAUUGUUGGGAAGCUUUAUGACGAGGAGGCAUUGAAGCAACUUGCACUCAAGGGCAUGACUAGAUCAAUGGUGAAGGAAUUGACUUGCAUUGGCAAGCAAUGUUAUAGGCUCUCUUUUAUAAUACUAGCCGUUACAAAUUUGGUUGGGGCACUUAUUUCUCUGAUUUUGGUGUAUAGGACUGUUGCAUAUUAUAAGAGUGACAUCUAUAAGAAGUUUAGGGAGGAAAUGGAAGCAAAUGAGAAGGAAAUGGCAUUGGUUUCUACUACUGCAAAGUAA